AUGUUCAGUUUGACGCCACUGUCGCAGCGCCGCAAACAUCGCGCGAAGCUAGCUGGAAGGAAGCAAGCGCCAACCUGAGCUGGCGCCGCCCGGGGAGCGCUAGCGCCGGAGCGAGCCCCGCUCUGCAUCGAUCUCGGAGUGUGCAAUAUUGUCACGUUACUACUGUACUGACGUGUGAUGAGAAAAGGCGGCACUAGAGUAAAACCCGAGUAUGGAAUACCCAUAUGAAGCCAGUGAUGAAGCUAGUGAGUCAGAACUCCUGGACAAGAGUCUAUCCAUGUGGAAAGGAUGGAGUGCUCUGGACAGUGAGAGUGCGUUUGAACCCAUCCCCUUAGACUUGCACACAGCUGCUUCCAUUGGGCAGUACGACUGCGUGCAUGCUUACAUUGCAAGUAGUGAUGUGGACAUCAACAAAAAGAACAAGGGUAGCUGGACCGCCCUCAUGUACGCCUGCUACAUCGGUCACGACACCAUUGUCAACCUCCUCCUGGAUGCCAAGGCAAAGGUCGAUUUGAGGUCAGACAAGGGGUCAACGGCCCUAAUGAUGGCAGCUAGCUGUGGAAACGAAAGCGUUGCCUACUUCUUGCUUCAGGAAGGGGCGGAGCUUGAAAUUGUUGAUCACCGAGGCUGGACCGCUCUAUUUUAUGCCACCUACAAUGGCCAUCAGAGUAUGGUUCAGUUUCUGCUUGAAAAUGGCGCACAGCCCAAUGCUAGGGAACCUUCGUUAGGGAUCACACCUCUGAUGAUGGCUGCUGCUGAGGGCCAUGAAAUUAUUGUCAAUUUUUUACUUGGAACAAAAGGUGUUGAUAUUGAUUUGAAGAAUCAAAGGGGUGAUACAGCACGAUCUCUUGCCCUCUUGAAUGGCCAUAUGAAGAUUGUGAGCUUGAUUGAUAACAGGAGUAUGUCGCCCUCUAGUGUUCGAUCAGCUCCAGGGCUUGGGGAUGAUUUGGAUCUGAGUUCAUCUGAUGAGAACUUCCAGAUGCCAUCUUCCAGACCUUCUUUUCAACAACACCAUCAUCAUCAUCACCAUUUGAAAGGUCGAGGUUCAAAGGCCAAAGGUCCCAGCAUUCUCGAUGGACCAGAAGCGUUUGCAAAGAUGUUGGGAGAGAAGAAAGCCAAACCACCGGAUCUUCACAGCAAAGAUCAUUCUGAGCUGAGGGAAGAUGGAGGGGAAGGUGAAGAUACUGCCUUCUGUGUGUCUGGCGCCCUCACGAUACGAAGUAGCAAUUCAAGCUGCAGUAGCAGUUCAGGUGGUGGUCUUGCAGGUGCCCUUGGUGUGAGCUGUGAUGCCAGCCUGUCAAGUAACGAAGACAGCAGUCUAAGCCGCAGUGACUUGAUGGACGGAAAAAAUCCUCGGACUCACCAAGGAGUGGAUCCUAAUGACCUUGUGGCAGGGAUCAGUAAGAUUGGACUGACACAAACUCAGCAGGGACGGACUGAAGAGUAUGUGAACCAACUCCAGCAACAUCAGUCCCACCAACAGCUCCAUGUUGGAUGGAAUCUUGGUGCCAAUCUCCAGAUUUACCCGAGUGACCAUGGUCCUCAUCACCCUACCCCACAUCAGCCUACAACGUUCAACCCACCGCCAGCCAUUGGUUACACCUCAACAGUCCAUCCGCUGCAGGGAAGCGAUCCAAGCCCGAAGGAUCAGGCUGAUGAGGUCGAUCCUCCGAAGGCCAGGUAUCCUUUCAAUGAUCUUCGAGAGCUGCUUGAAAGCCUCGGUCUCAUCAAAUAUCUCCACAUCUUUGAGGAGCAGGAGAUUGAUUUGAGAGUUUUUUUGACACUGACUGAUUGUGAUCUCAAAGAAGUAGGAAUAAAGUUAAUGGGACCAAGACGUAAGUUGACCAAUGCUAUAGCUAGGUGGCACAGCCAGGCAGUGCCAUUCAGUAAUACACUGGAGCAGGUGUAUGCAGAUAGGGUGGAAACAGCUAUGCAAGAAAUGGCGAUACAGCUCUCAGAGGACAGCAUGAAGAAGGAACAACUUGAGGCACAGGUCCUGCAGGAGAAAGAACUUAGGAGUGUAGUAGAGGGAUGUCUGAUGGAAGAUAAGAAGGUCUACCAGCAGAUGGUCUCCAUGGUAACAGAUACCAGCAAACUGUGUCAUCGGAUGAGGCAGCUCUACGAUAAUAUGAGAUGUUACCAAGUAGAGUUGGUGAGGCGUGUCCAGUCCAUGCCGUUGCUGUCAAGAAGAGAAAGUGAUUCAGGGAUGAGCUCAGAUGGGCGUGGUGGGUCAUCACCGUCAUCUGACAUCGUUCGUUCAAUCAUGAGCAGUCCUGUCCUGAGAGGUACAGCAGUCAGCUCGACCCAUCCAAAUGAGCCAAUGGGCUUUCCCAUAAGAGACGGCCACAGGCACACUUCGAUAGAUCAAGCCCUAUCAUUGGACAACGAAAAUGGUGAACUGCGCAAGCUACCAAUGGUAGACCUUGUUGAAACACUGGGUCAGCUGUCUCAUAAACUUGGUAGAAUCGUUGCUAUGGUGACCAAUAAUAUGGAUAAAAUUGUUGAUGGACAGAGUGCCUUCUCACCGAAUUCUAGUGGCAAUUCACUCCCAUAAGUCAAUGGUUCCAGAUCAUUUAUUUAUUCAACCCUUUGUGUUUAUU